GAUCCCUUCAACGCCCGCAUCCCAAGUCAUUUUCGACACCAUUCACUGUUUCGAGAUAAUGCGCCGGUUCUUCUCGUCGACCGCGGCUGGGGCCACGCGGAAGUCCCGCCUCGAGGCAUUACGCGAGCAACUUGCCGAGGAAGCUUCCAAGGUCCGCGACCCCAUUGUCUCAUGGGGAGACAACGUGCUCAGUGCCGAGGACCUCGUCGCAACGAAGCCGUCGCGCCGUCCGAGCGCGUCCAACCGCAAGCCGGACUGGCUCAAGGCGCAACCUACGACAGGGGAAAACUACAUCCGUCUACGCGAUACCGUGCGCUCGCUGAAGCUUGCCACCGUGUGCGAGGAAGCACGGUGUCCCAACAUCGGCGAAUGCUGGGGCGGCGGCAAGAACGGCACGGCCACGGCCACGAUCAUGCUCAUGGGGGACACGUGCACCCGCGGCUGCAGUUUCUGCGCCGUCAAGACGAGUCGCCGUCCUCCUCCUCUGGAUCCCAACGAGCCCGCGAAUGUGUCCAAGGCCAUCGCGCAGUGGGGAUUGGACUACAUUGUGUUUACCAGCGUCGACCGCGACGAUUUGCCCGAUGCCGGCGCCGAGCACUUUGCGUCCACUGUCCGUCAACUGCGCGCGGCGCUCCCGGAAAUCCUCAUCGAAUGCUUGACACCCGACUUUUCCGGCCGCGUGGACCUCGUCGAGACGGUGGCGCGGUCCGGCCUCGAUGUGUUUGCGCACAACAUCGAGACUGUGGAACGUCUGCAGCGCCGUGUCCGCGACUACCGCGCCAACUACCGCCAGUCUUUGGCCGUGCUGGAGCUGGCCAAGGCCGCGCAGCCGUCGCUGAUCACCAAGACAUCCAUCAUGCUCGGCGUAGGGGAAACCCCCGAGGAUGUUAUGCAGACGCUCCAGGAUCUGCGUGCGUCCGGCGUGGACGUGGUCACGUUCGGUCAGUACCUGCGCCCGUCCACCAAGCACAUGCCGGUCGCCGCGUACAUCACGCCGGACGCGUUCGCCCACUGGCAAAAGGUCGCCGAAAGUCUGGGCUUCCUCUAUGUUGCGUCGGGUCCCAUGGUUCGAUCCAGCUACAAGGCCGGCGAGUAUUUUCUCACCAACCUGCUUCGCGGCCACAAGAACAAAAAACAACACCCGUCACCCUAAAAGCAGUUUAAACGUGUGAAAUUUGCACUUUUGUCAUAAGUUAAAAACAUAUGGCGAAAGCAACAACUGCC